UCUAUUUUUUUUUUACCAAGAGAAAUUACAUCUUAAAAUAGCUUCUUUCUAUCAUAGUAUAAAACCACUAAUUUAUAAAAAAGUAGUCGCUAUGAAUAAGUUAGAAAAAUUUCAAGAAAAGCUACACGCAUCAAGAUUAUUACUUGUGAAAAGUGUUAAACAGUGUUUAAUUCAUAUACCUACCAAAACUACAAACAAAUCAGAGAGUGCAGUAGAAGAAUAUUUAGAAGCUGUCAGUGAGCUAUUAGCAUAUAAUGAAUUUGUCAAUGACUAUAAUGUUGUUUAUAAUUUGACUAAAGAUAUAAAAAAAUAUCAAAAAUCUAACAAAGAAAUAGACUCAACAAGAUAUGAUUAUUUAUUAAAAUCAUUGGAAUUAAUUAAUAAACCAUAUACUGAACUUGAACAAAAAGAAUUACAAGAACAACAUUUGGAGGUAAAUCAUUUUGUCAAGUUUCUUAAGAGGAUGUCGUACCCGCACGUGUUGUCUCCGUCUUACAAAUGUACGACAUAGCA